AAAUUCACUCACAUGCAUUCACCAUAAAUCAAACUCCUUAGGCCUUAUCUUAUCUCAAAACAAAUUGCUCCAACUUCAACAACUUCAUUCCUUCCUUCCAACACCACACAGCAUUACAUUAACUAGUUCAUCAUGUAUCCAGGCUCAGAGCAAAAGGCAGGGUACAACCAGCCCCCUGCAGCCGCCACCGGUUUUCCGGUGAGCUACAGUGGCACAACAAAUUACUCCACCUCCUCAGACUAUCAACCUCAACCUCCUCCACCACCUAAACCUCUUGUUGAAUGGUCCACCGGCCUUUGUGAUUGUUUCUCCAACUGCGGCAACUGUUGCAUGACAUGCUGGUGUCCAUGUGUUACAUUUGGGCGAGUUGCAGAGAUUGUUGACAAGGGAUCCACUUCUUGUGGUGCUAGUGGGGCUCUGUACACUCUGAUCACAUGUUUGAUUGGAUGUGGUUGCUUGUACUCAUGCUUCUACAGGAGCAAGAUGAGAUCUCAACACCAUUUGAAAGGAAAUGAUUGUUUGGAUUGCUUGACUCAUUGCUUCUGCGAGUCUUGUUCAUUGUGCCAAGAGUAUCGUGAGCUUGAAAACCAAGGAUUUGACAUGAAGAUUGGUUGGCAUGGAAAUGUUGAGCAAAGGACACGAGGAGUACAAAUGGCUUCAACUGCUCCAGCAAUGGAACAUGGCAUGAGCCGUUGAAGUGAGGAUCUGAAACACAAUAAUAUUAAUAUCUCUGAAGAAUAAGUGGUUCCUGUUUUGUUUUUUUCCCCCUUCGUUUACCUUUUAAAUAUUGUUGUCAUUUGUGCCUCUACAAAUGCAGCAUCAGAAUUUGUAUCUAGAAUUCUCAAAAUGUGAUGCGAGUUGUACCUUCAUUAUAUAUAAAAGUUCUGUUUCUCUUCAA